AUGGCUGAUCUGGAGAAAGGGAAGAAAAUCUUCGGGCAAAAGUGUGCUGUGUGCCACACCAUUGAAAAAGGUGGAAACCAUAUGGUUGGACCUAACCUCUGGGGUACUUUUGGGCAUAAAACUGGAUCAGCUGAAGGAUCUCUAACCGAUGCAAACAGGAACAAAGAGAUCACAUGGAGAGAGAGCACCCUAAUGGAAUAUUUGGAGAAUCUCAAAAAAUACAUUCCUGGAACAAAAGUGCUGUUUGCUGGUAUCAAGAAGAAAAGUGAACAUGCUGACCUUAUUGCUUAUUUAAAGAAAGCAUCAUCAUCAAGAAUAAAAUGCUUGAUUUCAUUAAAAAAAAGAAAACAGGCAAAAAAAAACGGACUUGGGCAGCAUUCUUCUUGA